GCCUGGUUGCCAUAAAGGAGACCCAGGACAUAGAGACCCGGCUGAACGAGGUGGAGAAGCUGCUCAAGACGGUCAUAAGCAUGCCGUGUAAGUAUUCUAGGUCGGAAGUCGUGCUCACCUUCUUUGAACGUUCUCCUCUGGAUCAAGUGUUAAAAAAUGAUAAUGUACAUAAAAUUCAACCCAGCUUUCAAAGUCCGGUCAAAAUAUCAGAAAUCAUGAGGUCCAAUGGAUUUUGUUUAGCAAAUACAGAGACGAUCGUGAUCGACCACGGCAUACCAAACGGAAAAGACCAGCACCUGGAUGCGGAUCCGACGGAGCACCUGUUUGAGAACGGCAGUGAGUUCCCCUCAGAGCUGGAGGACGGCGACGACCCAGCGGCGUAUGUCACCAACCUGUCCUACUACCACCUGGUCCCCUUCGAGACGGACAUUUUGGACUGAGCGUCUCCGUAGGACCUCUGCCACCUCCGCCCUUGACUGUGGGCGUGAUACAGUCCAUGGGCUGGCCCCAAUAGCCAGAGCUGCUGCUGUGACCCCGGACCUCCCAGGAGUCCCAGGCCCUACCCCGCUGCUCACACCUCCCAGUGGAGCAGCAGGAGCUCCUGGUGGCUUCCAUGCUGACUGCAGGGUCUCCAGCACCCAGAGUUGUGUCACGGGUGGCCACAUGGCUGUCUGUGCUGAAGGGUUGUCUCUUCCCACUCAACACCACCAGCUUGCAUCUCCAUUCCUGGGACAGGUUCCCACACUUGGUGCCUGUAAGAGCUGGGAUGUCCGGGUCUGUCUGGGCUCCUCUCUCAGUUCCUGCUUCCCCGGGAGGGGUGCACCUUUUUGCCCAGUGCUGCCCGGGCUCCCCACCAUUCCCUCAUAGGUCCAGUGCACUAAACAUUUUGAGGGCAACUCUGACACAGCGCCAAGUUCUAGAUGGCGUACGCAGGGGCUAUUACGUAAUCCAGGAUUUCCCUGAGAACCAGGAUGUUGGAGCUUGCACUUGGCUCUCCUCUUCUGUAUGGAAACUGGGUUUGGGGUCCACCCAAGCAGUGUUUACAGAAGAUACAGCAUGAAUGAGAGUGCUAGCUGUGGUCACUGAGGAUCAGGUGCCCAGAGGAGCUUGCCCUGGGAGUCAGUGGUUCUCCUUAAGACUGCCAACACCCUUCCCUCUUCAGUGGGGGGAUCAGGGUCAGAGCCACCCCGGGGCAGGUGUCUCAAGUUUUCCUCUCUUCACUCAAUGACCGAAUUGCCAGGAUGACUCUGAGAGGAUGGGAAUCGAGAGGAAAUCACAAGGCUCUCUUGUCAACCGAGGAGGGCCUGGGUUCUGCGAGCUUCUCUCCUCCCGGUGUCUACUAAUGACCGACGUCUGCUAAUGUAAAUAAUAGUAAAUUAUUGAGAUUCUAAUUCUUUUACACAGUCUGUUUUUAAUCUAUUUUAAUUAAAUAAAAUCUAUGACUCUACUUGGA